AAAUGCGAAGAGAAAAAGAAAAAACCAAAAGUACGUUUAGAAAUGCAUAUGGAACAAUAUUUUGUUGACUGCAACGACGCUUAUGUUUGGAUAUAUGAACCCAUUCCCAUAUACUACUGGUUUUUUGGAACACUAGUAGUUUUAGGUGCAAUUGGUGUUUGUCUUUUCCCAUUGUGGCCUUUAACAAUUCGCCAUGGUGUAUAUUACAUAAGCGUUGCAGCUGCUGGGUUCCUUAUAUUCAUUUUGGCAUUAGCAAUUAUUAGAUUAAUUGUAUUUUGUCUUCUGUGGGUUCCAACACUUGGCAGAUGUCAUCUCUGGCUUUUCCCUAAUUUAACAGCGGACGUUGGAUUCUUCGCUUCAUUCUGGCCACUUUAUCAGUAUGAAUACUACGGUAGUACAUCUGAAAACGAUAAAAAAGUUAGAAAGAAGAAAAAGAAAGAAAAAGAUUCUGAUACUGAAGAAACACAAGUAGAUGAGAAACCUAGUAGCAGAGAAUUAGAUAAAGAUCAUACUGAAGAUGCUUCAUCUAGUGAAGAAAAGCUUUCCUCACCUGAAUUAAUGGAAGGUGAAGAAGGUAGUGAAGGUUCGGAAAGUGAGAAAUCUAACACUGGUAAAGAUUUUGUAAUGGUUUAGAAAACCAACUCUUGGCAAUAAAUAAAUUUUGUUCAUGUUUACUAAAUGUCAUUAAUCGAAAAUUGACUUUUUGUCAAUGCUGAUUAAUGACAUCACUGAAUCAUGUAUAAGUAUUUAUGUGAAA